AUGAUGCAGAAUCCACACAUGUAUAGCCACCACCAGUACAACCCGUCGCCGGCGGACACGCCGGCGGCAUGGAUGCACCCUCAGGCGGCUCAACACCACAACCCCCACGCUGCCCAGCAACAAGCUGCUGCCGCCGCGGCUGCCGCUUCGGCGGCCCAGCAGCAACACUACAACCGUAUUGCCAGUGCGCACAAUGCUGCUGCCGGCGGCGCCGCCGGCCAGCAGCAGCCACAGCAGGCCGACGGGGCCGACUCGAGCUCGGCUGUGUCCGAGGACAAUCGGCGUACGCUGGCCUUCAUCGCAGAUCUGCUGAACGAGAGCACACGGGAGGCUGCGCUCUUGGAACUUAGUAAGAAGAGGGAGCAGGUGCCGGAGCUCGCGUUGAUACUGUGGCACUCGUUCGGUGUUAUGACAUCGCUCCUCCAGGAGAUCAUCUCCGUCUACACGCUGCUCAACCCGUCGCAGCUCACCGCUGCUGCCUCGAACCGGGUCUGCAACGCGCUUGCUCUGCUGCAGUGCGUUGCUUCCCACAACGAGACCCGCACUCUCUUCCUGAACGCCCACAUUCCGCUCUUCCUCUAUCCGUUCCUCAACACCACUUCCAAAUCGAGACCAUUCGAAUACCUCCGUCUAACCUCUCUCGGUGUGAUCGGCGCACUCGUGAAGAAUGAUUCUUCGGAAGUUAUCAACUUCCUCCUGACCACCGAGAUCAUCCCCCUCUGCCUGCGCAUCAUGGAGACCGGGUCUGAGCUCAGCAAGACGGUCGCUAUCUUCAUCGUCCAGAAGAUUCUCCUUGACGACAACGGACUCAACUACAUUUGCGCUACGUACGAGCGGUUCUACGCGGUUGGCACCGUCCUCAGCAACAUGGUGGGCCAGCUCGUCGAGCAGCAGACUGCGCGUCUGCUCAAGCACGUCGUCCGCUGCUUUCUUCGCCUGAGUGACAACGCACGUGCCCGUGAGGCACUUAGGCAAUGCCUUCCGGAGCCUCUCCGCGACGCCACUUUCUCGUCCGUUCUCAGGGAUGACGCUGCAACUAAGCGUUGCCUCGCUCAACUUCUGAUCAACCUCUCCGAUAACAUCGUCGAGCAGGGCACUGGCCACCCCAACAUGUAG